UAUGUCUUACGAUAAAUAAAAGCCCUCAUACUUUGACAGUGUUAAAUGUUUCAGCAAAAAAUAUUUAAGGCACCUGUCUCAUCUUUGUGCAGAUACCAAACAUUCUAUUUUGUCUUGGCUAGUUUGUGUGGGGGGUGUAAUUUUACUUUGUUUGAUGUAAAAGUAGGCAGGAUCGUGAAACUGAACAAUAUAUGAUUACGUUAGUUGUUUUAUUAUGAAAUAACAACUUUUAUCUUAACGAAUUAAAGUAUCCGAUUUAUACUUAAAUUUGAAUUUAGGCGUUAAAAGAUAAAGCAGAAAAUCUAAUAGUCUUAUGCUUGAUAGCACGACAUUAAAUAUUUAAUAAAGAGGAGUAUAUAUUUAAGGUGUCGAAAAGACGAUUUCAUUUAUUUGAGAUUAAAUUUGAAUAGAAUACUUCAAUAUUUUUGAUGUUGGGGUUAACUUAUAUGUUAUUUCCAAGAGAAGUUGGAGGAAUCCGACUUCCACUAUCACCUAAGGAUGAAAAGGUGAGUUACAUUGGUGACGAUUACUUUAACUGGGCGGCAGACAAAACAUCGAAAGAAGAAGAAGAAGAAGAGGAGGAGGAUGACGAUAUUUAUAUUUCAAUUGAGGAUGUACCACUUGUUGAAUUCUCUCUAAUUGAAACAGGAAUACUUUUCCUAACACUAAUAUUCACUAAAAGAUUUCAAGUAUUAGAUUUUUUUAUCUACAGUUAUUUUGAACUAUUACUAUUAUUACCAGCAUUUGCACUAUCUAUUCUAUGGUAUAUAAAUCUAACUUAUAUUUCCAAGUCGGUUUUCACUCAAUUCAUGUAUAUUACUACCGGAUUAACUUUCCAAUAUUAUCUAAUAAUUAUUUUUAAUCGAUUCAUUAUUGAUGUUAAUCAUGGCUUCAUAAUAAUUUGUUUCAUUAAUUUUGUUUAUGCUGUACACGAUAUAAUCCGUUAUAUAUACAAGAAACGAUGGAUUAAGAAAGGUACUAACAGCAACAAAGCAACAGAGUAUUCAAAUACAUUCUGUUUAGCAUUUGUCAGUUGUUAUAUUGGAUGGGAGAUUCUUUUGUUUAAAUUGGCACACCAUAUAAUAUUAACGAAUGAAGAAUAUUUAAUGAGUUAUUUAUUCCCAUUAACUAUAUUAUUUGUAAUUGAAUUACUUGAUGAAGAAUAUGAGGAUAAUGAUUCAUUUGAAUACUGUAAUGAAAUAAUGCUUGUAUAGAUGUAUAAUGAAUUAAUA